AUGGAGACUCAAAGCGAGAACCAAGAUAAAGAACCAAUUAAUCUUGAUCAAGAAUUGGACCAAAGUGAAUUAAGCUUUGAUGACACUGGUAGGAAGAGAAAAAGAACCUCAGUUGUCUGGCAGCAUUUAGAGGAAAAAAGUUUUUGUGGGGAGGUGCAAGCUGUCUGUAACCAUUGUAAAGCUAGGCUAGCAUCGGGCUCCACUGUUGGUACUUCAUCUUUACGUUCACAUGUUAGAACAUGUCCUAUAUUGAUGACAAAGAAAAAGAGUCCAGUUAUAACUAGUGAUGGGUAUGUUAAACAUGGUGCAUAUAGUUUUGAUGAAGGUAAUGCUAGGAAAGAGAUAGCUUAUAUGAUUAUCUUACAUGAGUAUCCUUUAUCUAUGGUGGACCACUUGGGUUUUAAGAGGUUUUGCAAUUCAUUGCAACCCUUAUUUAAGGCUAUUUCUAGAAGUACUAUCAAGAGGGAUAUUAUGAAAGUAUUUGAAUGUGAAAAGGGAGAGACCAUGAAGUUGUUGCAAAUGAACAAAAGUAAAAUUGCAAUCACGACUGACAUGUGGACUUCAAGUAAUCAGAAAAGAGGGUUUAUGGCUAUCAUUUCUCAUUUUAUUGAUGCUUCGUGGACGCUUCAAAGUCGAAUUCUAAGAUCUUGCUUCUGUUUUGCAUAUGUUUCAUGCCCACAUAAUGCCGAGACACUUUCUGCUAUAAUGAUAGAUUGCUUAUCAGAGUGGAAUAUUGAUGUUAAGGAUGGAUUGGAUGUGAUUAAGGAUAGUAUUGAGACUAUUCGGAAUAGUGUUGCAUAUUGGUCUGGGACAGCAAAAAGAGAGGAAAAAUUUGUUGAGAUAGCUCAACAAAUGAAAAUUAAGUUCUCUAAGAAGUUAGUCCUUGAUUGUAAAACUGGGUGGAACUCGACGUAUGUGAUGCUGACCACUGCAUUGAUUAGGAUUGCAAUCUGUAAGUGGCUUGAGUCUGACCAUGUUGAAGAUAAGUUAUUGGCAGCAAAGAUGUCAAUCAAUUGCAGCUAUUAUGGAUCUAAGGUUCAAGAUGAAAUUGAUCGAGUAUUAUAUUUUUCUCUUAUUUAUAAAGAGAAUGCUCCAUCGAAAAUUGAGGAAGUCUUUGUCUUGGCUAUUAUGUUGGUCAAAGAGUAUGAAUUGAAGCAUAAACUUGGGCUUCGGUCUUCUGAAUCUUCUUCUUCGACUGAUUUUCCAUCACAGUCAUGUGAUUUCAGAGUUGGUGAUCCUUUAACAUCUUAUUACCAGUUUGUUAUGGAUUCUACCAUCGGUAAUGAACAAUCUUAUUUAGACCUAUAUUUGGGGGAGAAAGUCUUGCCUAGAACUCAAGAUUUUGAUAUAUUGUCGUGGUGGAAGACAAAUGGGAUUAAAUAUCCUAUUUUGCAUCAAAUAGCUCGUGGUAUUUUGGCUAUUCAUGUAUCUACAGUAGCUUCAGAGUCUUCAUUUAGUACUGGUGGUAGGAUUAUCAGUCCACACCGUAGCCGACUUCAUUCAAGCACAGUGGAAGCACUCAUGUGUUCUCGAGACUGGUUGUGGAGUCAGAUGCGAGAUUCAAAUUCUACUCCUCGUGUUGAAAAUUCCUCAUUCGGUAUUGAUAAUGAUGUGAAUGUGUUUCAUGUUCUGAGACUUGCCGGUUUAAGAUCUGUGUGUUUAUCAUUCUCAAUGAGCUAG